ACACAAUCAGCUGCAGUCAGUCGGGCAUUUUCAAUUCAAUCGUCGGCGAAAGAGGUUGAGAGUUCCCGAGACCCCAAAAUAAUCGUUUAUUACAGAGGCCAAUUUGAAGAGAUAUGGCUGCUCCAGUGGAUCAGACAGCGGCUGUUGAUCAGAUCCGCGAUGGCCUCAUGGACGACUGGAAUAUCCUGGAGAACGUCUUCAAACUGAUCCACAGGGAGGAUACCCUCUGUGUGGAUCCCCAGAAAUGGGGCAACCAAAAGAUAGUGCCCUUUUUGCAGCCAGACGAACUGAAGGAACUGAUUAAUCUGAAAGUCCGGGAGACAGAGGAGUGCACACUCGCUGAAAUCGAAGAGCUGUGUCAGCAGGUGAUCCAUUACUCCGUGAAAACAUCGCACGGCCGCUUCCACAAUCAGCUCUUCGGGCAGCUCGACCCAUUCGGUCUGGCAGGAGCUCUCAUCACCGAGGCCAUGAACGGAAGCUCCUACACCUAUGAAGUUGCACCCGUGUUCAGCCUGAUUGAGACUGAGAUAAUUUCGCGCAUUUGCCAGCUGGCAGGAUACAAGGAUGGCGAUGGCAUCUUUGCGCCCGGCGGCUCCACCUCGAACAUGUACGGCCUGGUCCUGGCCCGCUACAAGUUCGCUCCCGAGGUGAAGACCGCGGGAAUGUUUGGGAUGCGACCGCUGGUGCUGUUCACCUCGGACGAAUCGCACUACAGCUUCGUGAAGGCGGCCAACUGGCUGGGAUUGGGCAGUGAUAACUGCGUGUCGGUGAGGACCAACGAUCGGGGUCAGAUGCAACUGGACGAUCUGGAGGCGAAGAUCGAGGAGGCGAAGGCACGCGGAGGACAGCCAUUCUUUGUCAACUGUACGGCAGGUACCACUGUACUGGGGGCCUUCGAUGACAUAAACGGUGCAGCGGAUGUGGCGGAGCGUCAUGGUCUGUGGCUCCAUGUGGACGCCUGCUUGGGAGGCGCUUCACUGCUCUCGUCGAGGAACAGAUCCCUAAUCGCUGGCCUGGAGCGAGCCAACUCCUUCGCCUGGAAUCCACACAAGACAGUCGGAGCUCCACUGCAGUGCUCGCUGUUUCUAACCCGGGAAACGGAUCGACUCCUGGAGAGAUGCAACAGCACCGAGGCGCACUACCUCUUCCAGCAGGACAAGUUCUACGACGUGUCCUACGACACGGGCAACAAGAGUGUCCAGUGCGGCCGGAAGAUCGAUGCCUUUAAGUUCUGGCUGAUGCUGAAGGCCCGUGGGUAUGGGAAGUACGGACUCCUGGUCGACCAUGCCAUCGACAUGGCCCGAUUGCUGGAGGAUAAGCUGCGACAGCGCGGGGAUCGCUUUCGGUUGGUGCUUCAGAAGCACGAGUACUCCAAUGUCUGCUUUUGGUACAUCCCAAUGGCAAUGAGGGUGACCCCGUUGGAGGAAUCGCCUGAGUGGUGGACCCGUCUCUAUACUGUGGCUCCGAAGAUCAAGGAGCAGAUGGCCCACAGUGGCACUCUGAUGGUGGGCUACUCCCCGCUCAAGGCCAAAAAUCUGGGCAACUUUCUACGCAUGGUCUUCACUUGCUUCCCCAUCCUGAAAAACGAAGAGUUGGACUUCAUCUUGGAUGAGAUUGAGAGAUUAGGAGAGAAAAUUGUCGUUUAAUUUAAAAGUCAUUAAAUUAAUCUAUUUACAAGGAAUU